GGACGGUAUACUUUUAGGUUUCCUUAUCUCAUUCAUCAAUGGCAGAAACGAAGAAAAAGAUUCCUAUAGUAGAAAUCAUCUCAAAGGAGAUGAUAAAGCCAUCAUUACCCACUCCCUCUCAUCUCCGCGCACACCAAAUCUCUUCCUUCGAUCAAUUGGCCGAUCUCUGUUACAUCCGGGUAGUUUUCUUCUACAAUCGUCCUUUCGCCGGAGAAGAUGCUGUUUCCGGCGAGUCUAAUGACAUUAUUCAAGUUCUCAAAAGUUCACUAUCAGAAACCUUGACCCAUUACUACCCUCUUGCCGGAAAGUUUGUGGAGGAUGCCUUGGUGAUUGACUGCGACGACUCCGGCGCCGAGUUCACCACCGCCGUUAUUGUCGGCGGCGACGAUGGUGAAUUUUUGGGUGCAAUCGAGAACCCAGAUAUGGAUUUUCUCGAAAAACUAGUUAGCAAGGAACAUAAUAUGACCAAAACAGAUGAUGUGAUUCUAGCAGUUCAAAUAACCCGAUUUCCUGCCGGAGAAGUCACCGUCGGAAUUUGUAUUUCUCACAAGAUAUCAGAUGCAGCCACAUUAAGCUCCUUCCUUAAAUUAUGGUCGACGGCAGCAAAAAUCUUAAUCUCCGGUGAAUCGAGUUUUGAAGAACUUAUUCCUCUAGGACCUGUUUUCGACGCUCCGAGAAUAUGGCCUUCCGUUCCCGGAUUAACCCGUCCAUCUUUAAACUUCAAUGAAGAGAAAAUAAUAGUGAAAAAGUUUGUUUUCAAUUCUUCGAGUUUAGCGAGACUGAAAUCGGAGUUGAUGGUAGGAGGAGACAUCGUUCCAACGAGAGUAACAUCUACGAUGGCGCUCAUUUGGCACACCAUAAUGAAUUCUUCAUCUGGACCACAGACACCGACGAACCAUGUGCUUGCAUUUCCAUCAAACAUUCGCAAAAUAAUGUCUCCGCCUCUCCCCGAUAACACAUUAGGGAAUAUAAUAAAACUUGUGAUGGUGGGGAAUUGUGUGGAUGGUGUUGCUCUUGAAGUGGUUUUGAGUCUGAUAAAGGAGGCGAUUGGGAAAAUGGAUGAGGAAUAUGCUAAGAAGAAAGGGGUGCCAUUUCAUGAACCAUUUUUUAAAGUGUUUUCUUCUGAGUAUAAAUUGAAUAUGACUAUAAUAACAAGUUGGUGUUGGUUUCCUUUUUAUGAGGUUGAGAUGGGACUAGGCAGGCCGGUUUGGAUGACUUGCUUAAGACGACCUGCUGUAUCAGACAUUUUAUUAAUUGAUGGACCGGAUGGAGGAAUUGAGGCAUUGAUUGGGCUAAAUGUGGAGACAAUGGACAAGAUUGAGAAGAACCCCAAUAUCAUUUCAUUUUGUGAUCACUCCAUUACUUAUGGAUGA